GGGGCGCAGGUGGGACCCCACAGUGAGCAGCCCCCCUGGGAGAGCGGCUUUGGGGCUGCUGGGCCCUUCUGUCUGCCUUUCUGUCCCCCUUUUGUGACUGCCUGUCCGUCUGUCCGUCUCUGUCGGGAACUCUCCCCACUCUCCUGCGCUCCCAGCCUCCCACCCAGGCCUGGAAGAAGUCUGAUUCCUUUCCUCUCAAAGCUGCUGCCCCCCAGUGUGGUGGUGAGAAGAGCGUCCGCGGUGCCCCGGGGUUUCACUCUGCACGACCUCGCGUCCCUCCUCAGCUCCUUGCGGGGGAGGGUCCCGCAGCCCCCACCAUGGGGCAGGAGACUUCAUCCAGCAGCCGCCCGAGCCUGCCCUGCCCCGAGAAGAAUGGCAAUGCGAACUGGAUGUCAGCGCUGCAUCCCCGGCUCUGGGACAUCCCCCUGCACCACCUGGCCAUCCCAGGCAGCCACGACACGAUGACCUACAGCCUGGACCCGACGUGCCCCAUCUCCCCCACGGAGUCCCCGUGGCUGCUGCAGUUCCUGGACUGGUUGCUGCCCAGCGUCAUCGAGCCCACCGUGCUUAAGUGGUCAGUCACCCAGGUGCUGACCGUGACCGAGCAGCUGGACGCGGGGGUGCGGUACCUGGACCUGCGGAUCGCGCACAUGCCGCACGGAUCCGAGAAGAACCUGCACUUCGUGCACAUGAUGUACACGGCCGUGCUGGUCAAGGACACGCUCACCAAGAUCUCCAAGUGGCUGAAGAGCCACCCCCGGGAGGUGGUCAUCCUGGCGUGCAGGAACUUCGAGGACAUAAUGCAGGACCUGCACGAGUACCUGGUCACCUGCAUCAAGAACAUCUUUGGGGACAUGCUGUGUCCCCGAGGGGAGGUGCCGACACUGCGCCAGCUGUGGGCGCGGGGCCAGCAGGUGCUGCUCUCCUAUGAGGACGAGGCCUCCGUGAGCCAGCACAGGGAGCUGUGGCCCAGCGUGCCCUACUGGUGGGGCGACGAGGUGGAGCCCAAGAAGCUCAUCAGCUACCUGGAGCACAGGAAGAGCUGCGGGCGCCCAGGUGGGUGCGCGCCGCACGGGAGGCAGAUCACAUGCGUGGGCUGGGCCUGACAGGGAAGGGACUGCCGGCCAGUGCAUGGUUCGGGAUGUGUGGACACGCAGAAUAAAUAUGCCUGGGUGUGCACCGACACAUGACAUACACGUGCAAGUGCACACACCUGUGUGCAGACAGGUGCGUGCACAUAUGCACACCUGUCCACACACAUGUAGGCAUGCACACAGGACCCACGUGUCAUGUGUGCACACGGAGACUAGGACGUGGCAUCUCUGGGGACGCUAUUCCGUCCACACCCGGGGAUCCGGGCGUGGGGUCUCGGGGGCCAUUUCGGCCCGGCGUGCUCAGAAACGACCAGAGCACACAGAGGCGGCACUGCGGCCCAGCCUGGCGGGCAGAGCUCCUGUGGUUUCUGAAGGGGGAGCCGAGACCCUGGGGGGCCGCGGGGCACACAGGCGGGCUG